AUGAUACCAUCAUUUCUCAAGCUUGCAAAUGCAUCAAAAGAACUUGCGUCGCUGACCGAGACAAAAGAAUUGUUUGAUCGAUGGCAAAAAACAAUAAAAGAUCUACAAGAACUCGGUACUAUUUUAUCAACAGGUGAUGAAGAGAUGCAAGAAUUGGCCAAAGAAGAGUAUGAAGAAAUGACAGAUCAGAUUAAGGCACUCGAAAAAGACAUCAUUAUUCAAUUAGCACCCAAGGAUGCUGCAGACGAGACAAGUGCCAUAUUGGAAAUUCGAGCAGGAGCAGGUGGUGAUGAGGCGUCGAUCUUUUCGGCAGAUAUGGCACGUAUGUACGAACGAUUUGCUCAACUACAACGAUGGAAAUGGGAAGUAUUGGCUUGUUCUGAAGAAACAGGCAGUAAAGGGUUCAAGGAUAUUACAGUCAAUGUUGGGGGCAAGAACGUAUUUGGAUUGUUGAAAUAUGAAUCAGGAGUACACAGAGUGCAACGUGUGCCUGCUACAGAAUCUCAAGGUCGAAUCCACACUUCGACGGUGACAGUAGCCAUUAUGCCUCAACCAACAGAAGUUCAAGUACAAAUCCGUGAUUCAGAUCUCAAGAUCGAUGUCUAUAGAGCCUCGGGUGCAGGUGGUCAACAUGUCAAUACUACAGACAGUGCAGUCAGAAUUACCCAUAUUCCAACAGGUUUAGUCGUUUCCAUGCAGGAUGAACGAUCUCAACAUAAGAAUAAGCAAAAGGCGUUGAAAGUGCUCAGAGCAAAGAUAUAUGAACAAGAGCGUAUAAAGACAGAGCAGAAUAGAAGAGAAUCUAGGAAUAAACAGAUUGGUACAGGCGAUAGAUCAGAAAAGAUUAGAACAUAUAAUUAUCCGCAGAAUCGUGUAACGGAUCAUAGAAUCAAUUUGACAUUAUAUGAAUUAGAGAACAUCAUGUCAGGAGAGAGUUUAUUAAACAUCAUCCGACCACUUCAAGAGCAUUAUUUAAUAGAGUCACUCACAGAAGAGUUUUAA